UUGUGCUGUGUUUGGCAUCCCAGGGGGACAACGUGCAGGGCCACGUGCUGGCAGAGCACUGAGGAUGGUGUGUAACAACCAAGCGAUGACAAACUGCAAAGGACAAAAAAAGGAGGACUCUUUGCACAGCUCUGUGUGAGCCACACUGCUGGGGACCCCACAGUGCCACUUCCGGUUUUGGCAGUGAUUUCCACGUCAGGUGGUGACACCAAAACAUCCAGUCCUAAAAGAGGAACUGACAGCAGCUCAACGCCAAUCCUUGUCCCCACUGCAAUCUGGCCGUCUCCAAGCUGCUCUUGCCUCAUGGCACCAAUGGUGCUGGUCCUCAUCCUGGGUUGGUGGCUGGUGGCAGGAAGCAGGGCUCAGCUGUUGCCCAGACCCUCCCUGUCGCUGCACCCCAGCCAGGGGUUGUCCCUGGGGGACAAUGUCACCCUGCGGUGCCACCUGCCCCAGCUGGCUGCACGAGUUGAGCUCUACAAGGAAGGGUUUUCGGGACUUAAAAAGCAAGCACAGAUGGACAUUGUACAGGACAUGGCUGAGUUCCCCUUGGUUAGUGUAAAGGGAGAAGAUGCAGUGAGAUAUCAGUGCCUGUACUCGGUGCACGAGCCACCAGAGACAUCGGAGAAGAGUGAACCCGUGGAGCUGGUGGUGACAGAUCCCAGCUAUCCCCCAGCCAACAUUUCCCUGAUCGCCAAGGAAUGUGUGGAGACGGGGACCAAUGUCACCAUCCAGUGCGACAACCAGGAGUUUGGGGGCAUCAUCUUCCUGCACAAGGAUGGGCACUCAGCCCCUAUCCAGCUCCAGGACCCCAGUGGUGGGGGCACGGCCACCUUCACCCUCUUUGGGGUGACACAAGCUGACUCGGGCACCUAUAGGUGCUCCUACCACGUUGGUGGCUUCUACCUUCUUUCCUCACCCCUUGGGGACAGCAUGACACUGGAGGUGACACCUGCACUUGCAC